GCAUACUUAGUGAGUGCGCGUGCGACGCGCUUCCUGGUACCCAAGGUGACGCGAGAUUAUCGAUACCGGUAUCGACAAUCAAAUAAGAAUCGAUGAACGACACAAACUAUCGAAAUAGUUCCAAUCAAAACUAUUAAGUGUUUUAAAAUAAAAAUUGCGGUUAUAAAGUAUCUAAUUUAAAACACUAUCAGAAAGAAGAAUUAAUUUAUAUUAAAAACAAACAAAAAGACGACAUUAAAAAAGUUUUGUUUAUUUUGGAUUUUAUUGUGUUAAUGAAGUGAGUGAAAAUGGUUGAGAGUGCAAAUAAUGAUGUUGUUUCCAAGCCCGAGCGUCCUAUCGGUAUGCGUCACGUGAUCGCUUUCCUCUUGUUCCUGGCGACCACCGUAUCGUACGCCACUCGCGUCAGCAUGAGUCUCGGUAUCGUCGCCAUGACUAACCCCAAUGAUUACGGACACCCAGUAUUUGAAUGGGAGCGAAGUAUCCAAGACACGAUCCUGUCAUCUUUCUUCUGGGGUUAUAUCAUGCUGCAAAUACCUGCUGGUAUACUAGCUGGCAAAUUUGGUGGCAAAUUCCUGGCGUUCGGGGCCAUGACUUGUACUGGUGUCAUCAAUCUACUGGUACCGUUGGCGGCUGUUCACGGUGGUUGGAUAGCGGUAUGCGUUUGUCGGGUAGCGAUGGGUUUGACUCAAGGUCUUCUAUACCCAAGUUUGCAUGGUUUGCUCGGUCAUUGGGCUCCAGUCGCUGAGCGCGGUCGCCUGGGUACCUUCGUUUAUGCUGGUGCUCAACUUGGUACUAUUAUUGAGAUGAUGACAUCAGGUCUACUGUCGGCUAGUCGAUGGGGAUGGCCUUCAGUUUUCUACGUUGCUGGCGUUACUUGCUUGUGCUGGUCUGUGAUGUGGCUAAUUUUCGGAGCCUCAAGUCCUAGUACUAGCAAAUGGAUUUCAAAGGAAGAAAGGAAGUAUAUCGAAAGUAAUGCCGGAUCAGAUGAACUGACCAGUCAGAGUAUGCCGACUCCUUGGAAGAAUAUCUUGACAUCGCUUCCAUUCUGGGCUAUACUCUUCGCUCAUUGUGGUCAGAGUUUAGGAUUUUGGACUCUUCUCACCGAAUUACCUUCGUACAUGAAUAAUGUUCUGGAAGUAGAUAUUAAAAAUAACGGCUUGCUUUCAGCGUUGCCAUAUUUGGCAAUGUACAUUCUCAGCUUUGUAUUUAGUUGGUUAUCAGACUUCUUGGUCAACAGGAAUAUUAUUACGUUAGUCACGUCAAGAAAGAUUUUCAACACGAUUGCUUUCUGGGGACCAGGUGCAGCUUUACUGGGUUUGUCAUAUCUGCCUCCUAAUCACCUUCCUGUGGCUGUUUUCAUACUAACUAUCACUGUUGGUCUUAAUGGUGCCCACUAUGUAGGAUUUAUGUUGUCCCACAUCGAUCUAUCACCAAACUUCGCUAGCACAUUAAUGGGUAUAACGAAUGCAUGUGGCGGCAUCUUCUCAAUUAUGGCGCCAUUGAGCGUCUCUGCAGUUGUCAAAGACGAGAAACUUGCAUCGGAAUGGAGGAAGGUAUUCUUCAUAUCAGUGGCUUUAUAUUUUCUGGGCAACUUGUUCUACAUACUCUUUAUAUCUGGAGACAUUCAAAGUUGGAACGAACCAUCUUCCUCAGGAGAAGUCGAAGAAGGAGAGAAGAAGAAGAAGACUUCUAAUGUAUCGAAUGUCAGAAGACCCAGCAUAGGUGAACAGUUAUUCUAGUCAAACGUAUAUCGGAAAUGCGUAAAAUUUUUGUCACUACUUGUGUGAGAUUUUUUGUCACAAUCAGAAGCUACGGCAAAUCUUUCGAUGAAAUUUUCGAAAUAUGAUAAAUGUCUCCAUUCGAUAUUAUCAUGUAGUUUAUAAUAAGCGACAAAACAAAACAGAGAAGAAUUUUUUGAUGAGAAAUGCUUAAAAUUCACUUACUGCAGGUACUCGGAGUUUUUUUUUAUUAAAAAGUGUCAAUUACGGAUUUUUGAAAUCUUAUAUAUUAAUUUUAGUCUAUUUAAUUUUAACCCUUCGUCUACUUCAGAUAUUGAGUUCUUUCAUAUCGAAAUUCAUAGUUUCAUAUGUAACUGAAUUUGUUUUCAUUUAGACCGUUUAAAGUUAAAGCAGCUUGCCAGACAGCACUAGCGGUGUAACUUAUGGAGUUAAGUCCGACUUUCACGACCACGCAUUAGUUUUAAAGAAAAAGUUUAAAAUUCUAACCACCUAUAUCGUAAAUUAAAAAGUUAUCUUUAAAUAUGAAUUAUCAUAAUACAAAAAUAAAAUUACAGAAUGUGUUCGCUCAUAUUAUUUUAAUAAAAUGAUAAUUAUGAUUUAAGAAAUUAGAGAAAUGUAAAUAUAGUAAAUUUUCAUGUUGUAAAUUCAUUGGGUCAUAGAUACUCGAAUAUUUUUUUAUCUAUUUAUACAUAUUUUUAUGAAGUGUAAAAGACUUAUAACAUCAAUUUAUUCAUUUUAAAAACUAGAAAGACUUUCCGUGUUUUGAAUUUAAAACCAAAGAACGAUGCCGUGAAAAGACAAAGCGUAUGUGUUGGCUAUUGUUAUUAUUAAGAAUUACUUAAAUGUUAUUGUAAAUAAAUUAUUUAUUAUUAAGAUAAAUAAUGCGUUUUAUUCUAGAAAUAAAGGCCGAAUAUUGUAAAAUAAAGCAAAGACAUCAUAUCUUAUCAAAAACAAAUAAAAAGAAAACAUAAAAGAAUCUACGCUUUUGAUUGCAUUUAUCUAUAUGUAGAUCUCUUACUCGUAGUUAUUAAUAAAAAAAGGUUUAGCGUUGAAAUAAAUUAACGCUGAGGCUGCACACAGUAUUAGUUAAAAGUCACCAAACAGAGAAUUUGCAAAGGUUAACUUAGUACGAAGUUCUACGGGCGUAAUGUAGACAGGUGUACCGAGAAGGUAGACAGAUUACUG